AUGUCGACGACGACGAACGCAGCGGAAGCCACGCCCAACCGCGAGACGCAGAAGGCCGAGUGGCGCGGGUCGCGCCUGCAGUGGUCCAAGCAGGCCGAGCAUAAACUGCACCAAGAACUCAACUCGAUCGCGCUGGAAAAGUGCUACGCCAAGACCAAGGCCUUUGUCGACUGCUCGCACGAGCACGGUCUUCUCGUCGUGUGGAAAUGCCGCCAGCACAACGCCGACCUGAACGCGUGCCUGCACGAGUACACCAACCCGGAGGCGUUCGCUGCGUUCAAGGCCAGCCGCACGGAAGACAUCCCGGUCGUUGUCAAGACGCCCAAGUCGGCGUAA